CAUAACGAUUUGUUUACAACGGUUUCGGUAUACCUAUUAUAACGGGUCGAAGACAUCAUAUAUCGGCCGAUGCCCCGUUUCGUAUCGUACAUCUUGCGCUCGCGCCUCGUUGGGAUUCCUCCGUGGCAGCGUGAGAGAUGGCAGCGGCAGGAAGUGGUGGUGCAGGCGGAGGAAAGGUCUCGUUUAAGGUGAUCUUGACCUCCGAUCCGAAGCUGCCCUACAAAGUUUUCAGCGUCCCGGAGGCGGCACCCUUUACCGCUGUGCUAAAAUUUGCUGCGGAGGAGUUCAAGGUCCCACCUCAGACCAGCGCGAUCAUUACCAAUGAUGGUGUGGGUAUCAACCCGCAGCAAAGUGCUGGCAAUGUGUUUCUGAAGCAUGGCUCAGAGUUGCGUCUCAUACCUCGUGACAGAGUUGGAGGAAGCUUAUUGGAUGUUUAGUACUACCAUAUCCAGAGCUAUUGGGUUUUAUGUUUGCCAUUAUGUUUAUUAGCUUUCUCUCUGAACUUGUUAUUCUACCUCGCAUGAUAAGAUAAAUAACAUCGAUUAUCACAUUUUACAUGAUCCUAAUAAAUUUAACUGUUACCCUGUUUGUUCAA